GGCUGUCUGCGCCGUGGCGUCACAGGUCCAGGCAGGCGGGUUUUCCGUCGGCCCAAUAGGAGCGGCGCGCCGGCCUCCCCUUUAAGGAAUGUUGUGACCUGACGUCACCCAGGCGAGUUACCUCCCGCAGCCGCCACCGCCAGGCUCAGCGCGAGCGCCGCAGCCCUUGAGCUCGAGCCCCGGAGCCCCCGGCGCGCCGAACCGCAGACGCAUCCCUGAGCCGCGCGCCCCGGAGUCCCGGCUGCGCGCCCCGCCGGGCCCGCGCAAUGCCCUCCGACCGGCCUUUCAAGCAGCGGCGCAGCUUCGCCGACCGCUGUAAGGAGGUGCAGCAGAUCCGCGACCAGCACCCCAGCAAGAUCCCGGUGAUCAUCGAGCGCUACAAGGGUGAGAAGCAGCUGCCUGUCCUGGAUAAGACCAAGUUUCUGGUCCCGGACCAUGUUAACAUGAGCGAGUUGGUCAAGAUCAUCCGGCGCCGCCUGCAACUCAACCCCACGCAGGCCUUCUUCCUGCUGGUGAACCAGCACAGCAUGGUGAGCGUAUCCACACCCAUCGCUGACAUCUAUGAACAGGAGAAGGAUGAAGACGGAUUCCUCUACAUGGUCUAUGCCUCCCAAGAAACCUUCGGCUUCUGAGUCAAGAGUGGGGGUGGGGGGUGGUUGGGAGUUCUUGUCAGGUACUCCCCAGGAAGGUCCUGGCUCCUAAACUAAGCUAUUUCAGUCCCCAGUGGAUUAGGCAGCGAUGUGACACCUCCCACCAGGUAGGGGCCACCAGCCAGCCUACCACAUCCUGGUUAGGUCUUGGGACAGUCAUGUUAAGGUUGCUCUUUUGGAUGCUGGCUGGGUUGGGAGUGGGUGGGGAGCAGCAUCCCUGCUCUGUGGGGUUUGUCAUUUUUUCUUUUUUUAGGCCCUUGCCUGUCUGCCCAUUUUGCCCCUCAUCCACCUGAGGCUUUGCCUCCUGCCAGGACCUGCCCCACCCCUGACAUGGUAUAUGGAUCUGUGGUCAUUUCCUCUGCAGAAUAAAGAUUGCUCAGGCCUGCCUGGCCCUCUGCCUC